UAAAAAACAAACAAAAUUAGGAGGUGUCGGCAUUCGGCAACCUUAAAAUCCCAAAUUGUCAAACCCUCCAUCACGAAACACUUCCUGUCCGACAUAGAAAUUGGAAUCACUGCUCCAAUAUCCAGCUGAAACAUGGACAAAUUGGACAAACUGAAAAUGGCAUCUUCGUCACUGGGCGAACGAUUGAAGACAGGAGGAGCUCAAAUGAGCAGAAUGGUAAGCGCAAAAAUGAAAGAAAUCCUACAAGGCCCAACCCCAGAGUCUAAAAUGGUAGAUGAAGCCACGUUGGACACCAUGGAGGAGCCUAAUUGGGGCUUAAACCUACGAAUUUGCGGGAUGAUCAACAGCGAAGAGUUCAACGGGACGGAAAUAGUCAAAGCGAUUAAGAAGAAGCUAGUUAUGUCGAAAUGCCCAGUGAGCCAGAGGCUGAGUUUGGAUUUGCUGGAGACUUGUACUUCUAAUUGUGAGAAAGUUUUUUCGGAGGUGGCGUCCGAAAAGGUGUUGGAUGAUAUGGUUAAAAUGAUUGUGGACCCAAAAACUGAAACCGGGAGUCGGGUUAAGGGUGUGGAGCUUAUUACUGCUUGGGGAGAAUCCGAGGAUCUUAGAUACUUGCCUGUGUUUCGUCAAACUUACAUGAACUUGAAGAGGCAAUAUCCCCUGGAGUCGCACAUGAAUGAGCAGCUACUCUCACCACCUGAAAGCUACCCUAUUCCUCAUACAGGGUUGCGGAAUCAUGAGCAUACAGCUUACAUUGGCGAAUCCACUGAAGAGAAGAAGGAAUUUCUUGUAGUAACACGGAACAGUCUUGAGAUCCUUUCCAGCAUAUUGACUUCUGAAGUUGAACCAAAGCCCAUCAAGGAUGAUCUGGCGGUGAGCAUGUUGGAGAACUGCAAGCAGUCUUUGGCUAUUAUACAAAGAAUUGUGGAAUCAACCUCAGGUGAUGAGGGGUUGAUGUUUGAAGCUUUAAAUCUUCAUGAUGAGCUUCAACAAGUCAUUUCCAAGUACGAGGAAAUGGAAGCAGCUCUGGAGUCGGGAGAAAAACUACCUAAAACACCUGAAGAUGGAAGUGGCCUGCCCAAUACAGCUCCAAAGGCUGGAGAAAAACUGCCUAAAACACCUGAAAAAGGAAGUGGCCUGCCCAAUGUUGCUGAUAUCAGUGAAGCCAAUUUAGAGAAGCCGUCUUUAAAUGCAUGUGAAAGCCAUGCUAUAGCCCCUACAAAUGAAGAAAACAAUCAGUCACACCCCGAGGUUGUAAAACCGGAUAUUUCAGGGGAAUAGAGGCUGAUUAGAUGAGGCAAACCAGGUGUGGUAGUGUUUCUUGUUUACCCUUCUAGUUUAUCAGUUAUGUAGUUUUUUUUUUCCGUAACGAGUGCAUCUGUUUUUGUGCAUAUGUAUUACUGGGCAUAACUAUCAAACUUCAGCUUGUAAUAACUACAUGUGAUUUCAAGUUAUAAUUCCGGAAGUGGCAUUCCGUCCAUCAGCUGACUA